GACCUUGGACAAAACUCUCCGCGUCGCCGCCACUCUCUCUUCUUUUUCCAUAUAGAAAGUUGCACCCACAGAAUUUGACCUCACUCUUUGUUCCUCUACAAGAUUGAAGUUGACAUAAGCUGGGGAGAUCGAACCUCUUUGCCCCCAAGAACUGCCUGCCCCUACCGAAUGGGCUGACGGUCCCGUGGCUCCGAGACAUCCUCUUAAGAAUUUUCAUCAUUGCUACGUCUCCUCUCGCCUCGAACGAUACCGAUACGUAUACGCACGAGUGACGCGAUGGAUGCAUAAAUACAACCAAAGCGACAAAAGUGAUCGCUUUGGAGGGUGCUGUUCAAUAGGAUGGCGCGUAAAUCGAAGGCGAUUGACCACAUGGUCAAUCGCAUGAGCAAAGUGCGGCUGGUGGAUGAGCGGGCUGCUGCACCGCCGCAAUCUCAGGACGAUCCAGUGGAAGACGGCAAGGAAGCCGCUCAGCGCCAGCCUUUUCGCUUCUUCGAUCUUCCCUACGAACUGCGAUUGCGCGUUUACGAAGAGCUUCUGAUCUUCCCCAAGACUAUCGAUCUCGAUGAAGCCAACUAUCGCACGAUCGCACCCGCCCUCCGCCUCUUCCUCGUAGACCACCGUAUGCACGACGAAGCGUCGCGCGUUUUCUACGGUGGCAACACCUUCCGCGUGUUCCCUAUCGGACGUUACAUCAACCGCAAGCAUCCGCUACUCGCGUGGUUCCCUCGCAAAUACAGAGCACAGCUCACACGUUUGGAGUUGAGACUAGGGCCAGGCUUCACCAAACCGCCGAAAUGCUGGGUGGUGGACAGCCGCCUUGGCCUGGCGGCGAUGAAGAAGGUGUAUAAACUCAAGGUCUUUGUAGAGCUCGACCCUGCAUCCAACGAUGUAUUUGAAGGGUUCCGUGCCGGCAAAAACUUCUACACUGAGUACUGCGUCGGGCUGCUGAGAGGUUUGCUCGCACAGUUGCCGUCGAUCGACGACGUCGAGUUCGACGCCUACCCGAGUGUGUCUAAAUCCAGCCCACUCCUGAGGGGCUUGCUAGAAGAGACAAAGCUCAACCAGAAGCGCGUUGCCUGGGGCCCUGAGAGGGGCUGGGACGAGAUCGUGGAGGUCGACCUGGUAGGCGUCCUGCAGAAGAUGGGGCUGGAUACUUUUUGAGCCAUCUUUGCUCUAAUACAUGUGGCCUGAGCUAUUGCGCUGUACGCUGCAUUCUUUACAGUACUUUAUGUAUAUUUGUCUCACGAGCGAUGAUUAAUGAACACGACAUACCCAAAGCUCUUCGUUCACUCCGCCUUUCUUUUCCUCUUUCCCAUGCCUACAUGCGCACUUUCCAUUCCACCAAGCAUUUGUUCCGCCUAGCAUCUUGGUCGGUAAUUUAACGACUACAUCUAAGGCAGCGCUCCUUUGUUUGCAUCUAUGAGUUCUCUAGGCAUUGCUACGUCACUUGCGUCUCGUGUUCGCGAGGCUGAGCAGUGGGCCGCAACACCUCAGACCCCGCUC